AUGAGUGCCUCUAUCAGCGAUCCUUUCGUGCUAUCCACAUACGACCUCUCCGACCGCUUCGCGCAAUCGGAGGGCCCCUCGCAUGUCUUCGUGACGCAUCAGAGUGUAGUGGGUGGCCGAGAGGGAGAGGGAUACGUUGCUGUUACUGCUCAGCGGGAUGGAAUCCAUGUCCUUGACGUGUCUAAUCUGCAUCUCGUAUGCUCACAUACAUUAGGACCAUCCACGACCUUCGCGUGCCCCGCGAUCACUCGCACCCUUACCGAAGGUGGCGUCAAGCUACGAAAAACUUAUGCGGCCGUCAAAUCGUCGCCGGAAUUGGAGCCUCAUGAGAGUGGGAAGGCGAUCUGGAUGUGGACUGAAAAUGCGUCGGGAGAGUCGAGCUCUAGCUCUCGCUCUCGCUCGCAGGAGAAAAAAGUGGUCGUGCUAUCCCAUGAAGUAGCACGGAUUUAUCCGCUCGACGAUCCAGAUGUGUCUUUAUUGUUGGUUUCGCCGCAGGGAGACUUGACGGUCGUAGAUGGGGAACUGAACGUUCGGUAUACUCGGCCUGCAACUGCACCAGACGCCGUCGUCGUGAAGAGCUUUGCGUUUGUACACGAGUCGUGUGACUUCAUCCCCGGGCAUUCGUCCACACAUUCCGCGCUGGUCCUCUUUUUGCGUUCGGGGAAGUCUAUACGGUUGUCGGUGUAUGAUGUUGGUGUCGAUGGCGCAGACAAAGUUUUGGAAGAGACUUUGCCACUGGAAGAACUUAGCAUCACGGACAUCUCAUGUAGUUCGUCGGGGUAUAUCAGCGUGCUCGAUCGCCGUGGUCUCUGGUCCACCUUCCGGAUAGAGUUGGAAUCAGGAUCCACAAACCUUCAAUCCACACCAUCGACCCUCCACCUCACCAGCCUCCGCCCCAUAACCCCCGCGCCCCAACCUCUAACCGACCGCUCCUCCAACGAACUCUCCCUCCUCUCCCUCGGCUCCUCGCACGUCCUCCUCGCCAGCAUCCCCUCCCACACCUCGGAAAUCUGUCUCCUCAUUUGGGACCUCGCCUACUCCGUCCUCCUCGCAUCGCACUCGUUCGCUAUUCCUUCGAGCGUGUCUUUCAAUCCCAAAGAGGGCAUCUCCGUCGAACUCGUGUAUGCGACCUCGACGCAGGCGUUACUGGCGCUUUGUCCGAAAACGGCGAAGAUGACGUCGAAUUCUUCGGCGCUGAAACCGAAGUCGACGGUGCUCGUCGUGCCGUAUACUGCGCCUUCUGUGUCGACGAUAGCUAAUGCUAUGGGACGAGCGGAGAGUGCUAAGAAGUGGCUCGCGAAGGCGACGGGAGUUGCGUCUGGUACGAAGCCCGUCCAUGUAGGGAUGGAUGCUGCGAGGGCUAAUGUCGUAAAGACGAUGCGGGCUGCUGUGGAACAAAAUCGACCGGAGGCAGCAGACGUCGCAUUCUUUGAAUGGUCGGAGAAGGAGCAGAAAGCACAGACAUCUUAUCCUUCGCGGGAACUUCAGAGAGGAACGACGACUGUGUCGCUGGGGCAUGAAUUUGUUCGACAAUUGCUGGACGUCGUUAUUCAACCCUCAAAACCAAAUGUGACGGCGUACUCCCCGAAGGUGGUCCAUCACCUAUUGGAGCACCGGGUCGUCUCCGCGAAUAUGGUCGAAGGCGGUCUGAUACCUGCGCUGCUGUCACGGAAGGAUUGGAAAUCUGUGAUGUUGGCUAUCGACAACGUCAUUGAUAUCCCUGAGGCAGAUCUGAUUUCUGUGGUCAAGCUCGCCGUGACUUCGCAUCGACAACGGGGAUCUGGAGAUGCCAUGCAGGUUGAUUCAUCAGAGGGAGAAGUGCCGUUGCUUUCCACUGUUCUCGCCUCUUGCGUUCGGUGUCCAUCGUCCCCCGCUGCUUUGCGCGCAGCAAUUCACUCCCACUUGUCCGACGCAGAGGAUAUCUGUUGUGUACUGGAGGUGCUCGACGAAUGGCUGGUGACCUGGAGUUCGAAGGAUGCCUCACUCUUACCGACAGAUGUUUCGAAGAACGCGCAAGGGGUGUUAGAAGCAGUAGUAAAUCCGAGCUCGAUCGGCAUCCCACCACUCGACAAGAUCCUAGCGUUCUUGAGAACGAUCCUCGACGCCUCCUUCCUCUCCCUCCUCCAGCUCUCCUCCUCCCACACACUCCUAAAACGAAUAUCAUCGCACCUCGAACCCGAACUUGCGCUCAUCGACCAAGCUGAGCAGCUUCGGGGUCCUCUGGAGCCGUUCGCUAAAGCCCAGACGAAGGCCGUUGCAGAGGCGGCACAGGGUGGCGUGAAGAAGGAUAGCGCACAGCAGGGUGAUUGGAGGAGGAGGAGGAAGAUGCAGCAUGAGCAGGCGGGGCUGGCUAUUGGGUUGUAUCAGGUCGAGGAGCUUGUACUUUGA